AGGCUGCAAUCAAUCGCGCACUAGAACUUGCAUGAACACCGAUAGGAACAGCUUCGCUUUGUAGCAGUGCAAGUUCGAAACGGCUGUUGGAAAUGCAAAAGAUGUCGAAGAAGACUGGACUCGAGGAGAUCUAACUUAUUGACGUACGGUGACCGGCCAUAUUCUAGCUGCGGUGUGUGAGCCGUCAUUUCGUACUCAUGCACUUGUUGAAUGUACAGGACAGGAUCGCAGUUGCUGCAUUCAUGCGACGUGUUCUCGUUUACGUUGUUAUAGUUAAGAAUUCUGCUAUGUUCACCUACCGAGCAGCAUUACUGCCGCGAUCAGAAAACACUUACUAGCCCCGCCGAGGAAGUACAUCCACAGGUACACCCAGAGUAUACACCGUCUUCCGAUAUGAUUCGGAGUGAACCCAUCUACUGAGGAGCGGCUCGAAGCUACAAUACACUCAGCGAUCUGCUCAGAGCCUCGCCCGCCGAUUUCCAUCCCCAAGUCCUGCCUUUCCCUCCUUUUCCAUCAUAUCGAACAGCCUGCCGUUGACAUAUUUAAAAUUAUAUGCCUUAUGUACCGGCCUUUGUCCUUCUCUCCCCUCUCAUAUCCCAUCGAACGUGCUGAUUGUGUGCCCUACCCUCCGGUCUCAAGACACAUACACAACUAUCGGUCUAUGGCAUGGAGAAACCUCACAUCUAUGACGAUUUCGAAUUGUUUAUGCAUAACGUCUUCCAUCUAGUAGGUAUAUGCAUCCUGUACUACGACUAUGCCGUCACCUUCGCCGAUGAGAUCUUCUACAUCUGGUCGAAACCGUUAUCACACGGAUCAUGGCUGUUUAUGCUGAAUCGCUACUUCUCACUUCUCAGUGUAUGCUCGAGCUUCUUACGCGACCCUCAUUGGUUAUUUACCGGUCAUUACUUGCAGGCCAUCGCUAUCAACUGGGGGAAUUUUUCGGACUUCGAGUCUGUCGAAGCAUGCCAAGGUUACGCUUUCUUCCGCCAAGUGAUACUAGUGAUCGCUCAAGUUAUCGUUUGCUUUCUCUGUUUUCUCCGAACGUACGCUCUUUAUGGGCGAAGUGAACGAAUUCUGGUCUUGAUCCUGUCGGUCGCUCUGGUCCUUUUCAUUUUGGCUUGCUGGUCUCUUGUUGGCCAACAUUCGGAGUAUAGCAUCACGCACGGGUGCCAUCAGGCAAUAAACAAGACCACUGCCGUUCACCUCGCGGUUGCCUGGGAGGUGUUAUUUGCUUAUGACUGUAUGAUCUUCGCCCUCACCAUCUACAAGACGUAUCAAGAAAGAACACGAAGAAAUGUUGCGGCGCUCAAUACCUUGGUGGAACUCAUCUGGCGAGAUGGUGCUAUUUACUUUGCCGUCAUGGCUUCCGUGAAUGCUGCGAAUGUUUUGACGUUCUACCCCUCACUCAAGGGUGUAUUGUCCACAUUUGCUAGCAGCAUCUCAGUGACCAUGAUGUCCCGUAUCAUGCUCAACCUCCAUGAAACCGCCUCUCUUAUCAAACCCAAACCAAUACCCAGCACUGGGCUAGAGCAUUGCUGGUCACCACGCAGUACCGGAAUACUCUCGCAGUGCUAGGGGCUAUAUCAGUCACGAAUACCAAGGAUUUGGGAUUGAGGGGGAGGGCUUGAGCCUCGAUUCGGAGGUUAUUGAGUUGAAAAGUAUGAGCACGCCGACUGCGCUCCUUCCGCAUCAACAUUUAUAUCGGAAUAGAUGGUUGCCGACGGACGUAUAGGUUGUAGCCCGGUUUCUUUCUAUGCUAGGUCGGAGUCUACAACGGCUGAUAGAAGGUAACAGCAUGUGGACCUCUAUCACCAGUCGCGGGUGCCAGUGAUGUGCGGCUCUAACCUGUUUACAAUCGGAAUGUGAUAAUGUUUCAAUUGAGUGUGUGGUUGGGGAUUUCCAACGUAAGGAAGGGAACGGCUAGAAGUGGGCCUGCAUUACGAUCCUGGCUUUGUCGCUUUAUGACCACAAACGAAAAGAAAAAAAUCAAAUUGACAUUC